AAUAGUCAACAGGACUACUAAAAACAGCCAUCUAUUCCGCUUCUCACUUCCUACCAACACAAUCCCAAAAAUCCUUCAUACAUGUAUUUUUAGUCUUCUUACCAAAAUUAGGUCCUUUCUUUUCCUUAUUUUCAACUCUCAGUCUUUCAUCAUCUUCCUUCUUCUCUCCCGAUUCUCUAAAAGAAAAAAAAGAAAAAAAAAAGAAAGAAAAAGAAAGUUACAGAAAUGGUAUUCAAGGGUAGAUUCUUCUCAUCCUCCAAAAAAUCAGAUUCCUCAGACGGAUCUAACAGUAGCCCGAAAACCCCGACCAUGGGAUCCUCACCAACGGCCAGAUCCGAGAAGAAGAAGGUCAAAUCCGAUCCUCCUCAGAUCUGCCGUCAGACUCUCGUCAGAGACGCUUCUAAAAGUCAGACGCAGCAGCAACAGCAGCAGAACCAUCAGGUGCAGAAGAAGAAGGAAGCCAGCAAAGGGAAAGAGCUGCAGCAGCCGCCGCCGCCGCAGCAGGUGUUGGAUUCCGCUCCCGCUAUUGGAUCUUCCUCCUCCGCCGCGGCGAAGCUGCGGAAGGGUCCGCCCGAGAUCAAGGACUCGCCGCUCGUUGCGGCGUCGCUAGGGCUGAACCGGAUCAAGACAAGAUCCGGGCCACUGCCGCAGGAGAGCUUCCUUGGGUUCCGUGCUACCACUACUGACAAGGGAUCGGCGCUCGGCGUGAGCAACCUCUCGAGGCGGGCUGGCGCUGCAGACGGGUGCUCAACUUCGUCUGGCGUGGUGGAGAGGGGUGUUGGAAAGAAGGGGGGGCAGGGCGUUGGGAGGAAGGGUUCACAGGAGAAUAAUUCAUUCGGCAGUUGGGCUGACAUUGGGAGUAACUGCGAUAGCAUGUCGACGGGGAGCGGUGGCCCUUUGAGAGACCAGAGCCCAGGUGUUCAGACCGGGCUCCAUGUAAGGAAUGGUGGGCCGUCUGCUGAAAUGGGGCAAAACAAUUCAGGUGGCCAUUCUCAAAGCUUAAGAAGUUCAGAUGCUUGUACUCCAGAGCCACAGACUCCAUAUGAUGAUUGUGGCACUCCUAAGGAAUCUGAAUCUCCACGUUUUCAAGCCAUAAUGCGGGUUACAAGUGCUCCUAGGAAGAGGUUUCCUGGCGAUAUUAAGAGUUUUUCACAUGAGUUGAAUUCGAAAGGAGUGAAGCCUUUUCCAUUUUGGAAGCCCCGAGGCUUAACUAAUUUGGAGGAAGUGUUGGUGGUUAUUCGAGCAAAAUUUGACAAAGCGAAGGAAGAAGUGGACUCCGAUCUGGCUAUUUUUGCAGGGGAUUUGGUUGGCAUUUUGGAAAAGAAUGUAGAAACUCAUCCGGAAUGGCAGGAAAUCAUUGAGGAUUUAUUGGUUCUAGCAAGGCACUGUGCUGUUAUGUCAGCUAGUGAAUUUUGGGUUCAAUGUGAAGGUAUAGUUCAAGAUCUGGAUGAUCGACGGCAGGAGCUCCCCAUGGGCAUGCUGAAGCAACUCCAUACCCGGAUGCUUUUCAUUCUCACAAGAUGCACCCGUUUGCUGCAGUUCCACAAAGAAAGUGGGUUGGCUGAGGAUGACCAUGUUCUUGGUGUUGGCCUUCGUCAGUCGAGAGUCCUGUAUUCCGAUGAGAAACGAGUUCCAUCAGGUACAGGAAGGGAUGGACAAAGCUCGAGCAGUGGAAGGAGCUCAAAGGCAGCAGCCUCUGCUAGAAAGUCGUACAGUCAGGAGCAACAAGGCUUGAGUUGGAAGAGAGAGCAGGCGAUACCACCUGUAAAUAUCUCCUCACCUAAUGAAGUAGUAGCUGUAGAAUACGAGUCGCCUGCGGCCCGUGAUCGGAUAGCUUCUUGGAAGAAGCUUCCGUCUCCGGCAGGAAAACCCCAAAAAGAAGCUACAUCAGCUAAAGAUGAGCUAUUUGGAGGUAAAUUGGACUCCCUGCCGAUGUUAAACAACAGGAGGGAAAGUUCCGAUACAGAUCAACUUGCUAGUAAGCCUCCUGAAUUUCCUCCUGCAAAAGAUUUUCAUGGGCCUUGUUCUGCUCCUUCCAAGCAUCAGCAUAAGGUUUCUUGGGGUUAUUGGGGAGAUCAGCAAAAUCUUUCUGACGAGACAUCAAUAAUCUGUCGCAUCUGUGAGGAGGAAGUUCCAACUUUUCAUGUGGAAGACCAUUCGAGAAUCUGUGCAAUUGCAGAUAGAUGCGAUCAGAAGGGUGUAAGUGUCAAUGAGCGUCUUCUCAGAAUUGCUGAAACUCUUGAGAAGAUGGCAGAGCCCUAUUCACACAAAGAGUCCUAUUCACAUAAGGAUUUACAGAAUGCACUAGGUAGUCCGGAUGUUGCAAAAGUUUCAAACUCGAGUGUCACUGAAGAAUCUGAUGUUCUCUCUCCGAAGCUCAGUGAUUGGUCCCGCAGGGGAUCAGAAGACAUGCUUGAUUGCCUCCAGGAAGCUGACAAUUCGGUCUUUGUGGAUGAUCUAAAGGGUCUUCCGUCCAUGUCAUGUAGGACUCGUUUUGGUCCCAAGUCUGAUCAAGGAAUGGCAACAUCAUCGGCUGGCAGCAUGACUCCUCGAUCUCCAUUAUUGACACCUAGGACCAGUCAGAUAGACUUGCUUUUGGCAGGGAGGGGUUCAUUUUCUGAACAUGAAGAUCUUCAGCAAAUAAAUGAUCUUGCCGAUAUUGCUCGCUGCAUCGCAAAUACAUCCAUGGAUGAACAAUCUUUGCCUUACUUGGUCACCUGUCUAGAGGAACUACAACUUAUUAUUCAUCGGAGGAAACUAGAUGCAGUCACUGUGCAGACAUUUGGAGCACGCAUAGAGAAACUGCUUCGGGAGAAGUAUGUUCAGCUUUGUGAGCUGAUUGAUGAUGAAAAGGUUGAUUUAACAAGUAUUAUAAUUGAUGAAGAUGGCCCAUUGGAAGAUGACACGGUUCGUAGCUUACGUACAAGCCCCAUUCAUGCUACUAAGGACCGGACUUCAAUAGAUGACUUUGAGAUCAUUAAACCAAUCAGUCGUGGGGCAUUUGGUCGGGUUUUCUUGGCAAAGAAAAGAACAACGGGUGAUCUCUUUGCUAUAAAGGUUCUUAAAAAGGCUGACAUGAUCCGUAAAAAUGCUGUGGAGAGUAUUUUGGCCGAGCGCAACAUCUUAAUUUCAGUUCGCAAUCCUUUUGUGGUACGGUUUUUUUAUUCUUUCACGUGUCAAGAGAAUUUAUAUCUUGUAAUGGAGUACUUGAAUGGAGGAGAUCUAUACUCUUUACUGAGAAACUUAGGUUGCUUAGAAGAAGAUGUUGCUCGUAUAUACAUAGCAGAAGUGGUUCUUGCGUUGGAAUACUUACAUUCCCUGCGUGUGGUGCAUCGUGAUUUGAAGCCAGAUAAUUUGUUGAUUGCUCAUGAUGGUCAUAUCAAGUUGACAGAUUUUGGGCUUUCAAAGGUUGGUCUCAUCAACAGCACUGAUGAUUUAUCAGGUCCAGCAGUUAGUGGGACAUCACUACUUGGAGAAGAUGAAUCUCAGUCAUCUGAAUAUGAGCACUUCCAUCAACGGGAGCGGCAGCGGAAACGUUCCGCUGUUGGUACCCCUGAUUAUUUGGCACCAGAGAUACUACUGGGAGUAGCACAUGGUACAACUGCGGAUUGGUGGUCUGUGGGUGUUAUUCUUUUUGAACUGAUUGUUGGUAUUCCACCCUUCAAUGCAGCGCACCCACAGAAAAUUUUCGACAAUAUACUCAAUCGUACAAUACCUUGGCCUCGGGUACCUGAAGAAAUGAGUUAUGAAGCAGAAGAUCUAAUUGACAAAUUGUUGGCAGAAGAUCCUCAUCAGAGACUUGGAGCCAAAGGUGCUUCAGAGGUGAAGCAACAUCCAUUUUUCAAAGAUAUCAACUGGGACACGCUCGCCAGGCAAAAGGCCGCAUUUGUUCCAGCUUCAGAUAGCGCACUUGAUACGAGCUACUUCACUAGCCGUUACUCCUGGAGCCAGUCCGAUGAUCGUGCUUAUGCAGGCAGUGAUUCAGAGGAUUCUGGUGACAGCGACAGCAUGAGUGAUAGCAGCAGUUGCAUUAGCCGUCGUCAAGAUGAACAGGGGGAUGAAUGUAGAGAGCUUUUUGAACCUGGCUACUCGUUCAGUAAUUUUUCAUUUAAGAAUCUCUCUCAGCUUGCAUCAAUCAACUAUGAUUUGCUUGUCAAGGGCUGGAAGGAUGACCCCCCGGCGAACCCCAGCUUGUAGUUUAUCCUUCUAUUCAAUACCAGAUGGGUUUCUCAAUCGGCAUGUGAACACGAGGGGCCUAUCAUUGCCUUGUUGCUUGUUUUGUACAAGUUGUAAAUAUAUUUUCUCUUUUGCAGAGACAGAAGAUCGGAGAGUGGAGAUUUCGGGAUGUGCCCUUUUCUUGUAGGACACUGCUCUAUUAUGUAGGGUCCAAAUUUUAGUCUUUGAGUUAUGUGGUUUAGCCUACUGUACAUGAGCCCAGCAAUGGGUGUACAAUAUCAGUUCUUGGCCUUUCGGAUGAGGAAACAUGGUUCCCUACCCGAGCAGUAAUGAGAUCACAUCCCAUUGUUUUACUAUCCUUUCCUCAAUGAGAAACAUGAUAGCAUCCUUUGCUUUGGUGGAA